CACAAAUGUCAAUGGUUAAGCACACUUUAAAUAUACAUUUUCAUGCUUUCAUCACUAGUGUCAGAAAAUGAAGUUGCAGAAUUUCUAAACAUUUUGAGGAAGAGUGAGUAUAGCAUCAUCAAACAGCUCAACAAAACCCUUACAAAAAUUUCUGUUUUAGAAUUGAUGCCGUCAUCUAAGGUUCAUCUUGACACAUUGCUCAAAGUCUUGAAAGAGGCCUAUAUGCCUAAGAACAUUGAUACUCAAAAGUUUGGGACUGUGGUUGGGGCAAUCUUAGCUCCAAAUUAUAUUAAUUUCAGUGAUGAUGAGAUUCCCGAUGAAGGAAAUGGGCAUACCAAGGCUCUUCACAUUUCUUUGAAAAUAGAUGAGUCUCACAGUAAUCAAUGCAAUACAAUGGUUUGUGCUUUUGACGGAACAAAGAGGAAUGUGGCUGGAAAGAUUGAGCUUCUAGUGGAAAUUGGCCCUAUGACUUUUGACGUGGAAUUCUUUGUUAUGGACAUUUCUCCUGCUUUUAAUAUGCUCCUUGGGAGACCUUGGAUACAUGUUGUUGGAGCAGUACCAUCCACUUGGCAUCAAAAAGUCAAAUACAUUAUUAAUGGCGAGGAAGAACACGUCAUCCGAAAUGCUACAACCAUUCCUUACUUCGGAAUUGAUCCUGGAACUUAUGAAUCCUCUUAUCACUUAAUGGAGUGUGCUGCUGCUUCUUAUAUACAUCCAAAGUUUAGAGGGGAACGGGCUAAAAUGGCUAAACCUGCCAAGGUUGCUGCUAAGAUCAUGCUUUCAUGUCAUUACCAGUUGGCAAAGGGUUUGGGAUUGAAUGGACAAGGAAUUCUCGAGCCUAUUGAGGUAAUUCAAGCUUGGGGCACUUUGGCUUGGGAUACAAGUCGAAGAAGGAAGAUUGGCAGAGAAUAUCUAGAGGGUACUAUUUUCACUAAUAGAUUGCUUGAAAUUGGGGAAUGUUCAAAACAAGCAAAGUUUGAGGAAGUGGUUGUGGAAGAUGUCACUGAUGAAAUUUCAUCUGAUGAUGAGGAAGAUAGUUCUGGUUUCAAUGACCUCUUCGGGCUAGCCAACAUGACAGAUCCUAAGGAAAGGUGGAGAAGGAUGCUCGUUGAAAGGGCAUUUAUGGAGAAGCACCCCAACUUCCAUCUUGUUCAUCAUGCAAAAGCUCCAAUGGGAUCACAUGAGUCUGUACCUCUUGAAACAGUGAAGGAAAAAUCACUAUGUGACUCGUGGGGAAAUUUGACUAUAAAUGCUCUAGAUGAGGAAGAACUUGAAUUUGAUAAGGGAAUUUCUCUAGUUAAUGGAAGCUCUUAGGCUAAUUGGACAACGGAACUUCUCCCUAUAGCUUUCAUCUUUGAGUAAGAAAAGUCAGCCUCUAGUAGUUCUGCUUGUGACUACAUAAAGGGAGGGAUUCAGCAAGCACUUUUAUAUUUUUUGAAAUUUAUGUUAUCAUGCCUCUGGUAUUCCCUUGCUUUCCUUUUCAAUGAAACAUGUUGCAAUCC